AUGCCCUACAUUCCACCCUCAUCAGCGCCCUCCUCCCCAACUGCGACUACGCCUGCACCAUCUACGACCUUGAACGUGGCAGCCGGUCCUGCCACCCGUCGCCAUGGACGCCACAGCUUCGAGCCAGCCGUGAGCUUCCAGAGACUGUCCAGCUCGUCCUACUUGCAUAGACACAGGCGGAGUCCUACCAUCUGUGCGCCGGUUUCCAGGUUGCAACAGUUGGAGGGACAGCAGCACCAUCACCACCAGGGGCAGACGCAGGCACAGGCGCAGGAUGUCUGGACGGGCGGGAGGGGAACCUUAGUCUUGUCUCCGCCAGAGUCGAGGAAUAACUCCGGAGACGAGGAGGAAGGGAAACAGCAGCAGAAGACGAGAGAGAUGCUUGACGGCCUAAAGGAGGCCAUGAUAUCCAUUGACAAGCACCACCAUCAGCAACAACACAACACAGAAGAGUCUGCUUCGACGGGGGGAGGUAUAAUAGUCUACGCCGUCCCCGAACAGGCAACCCAGACCCCAGACCAGAGUGACCAGGACGAAGACGAGAUGGCCAAAAAGCCACCCAUGCUACGGAAAAAGUCCGGCGAGCUGGUCAGGCCGGCUAUCAGACUACGACGGGGCCGGCCGCUGAGCAUGCCGGGUACUCCUACGUUCUCAAAGGCUGUGCAUUUUGGAGCCCAGCUGGAAGAGGUCCGUCACUUCAUGCAGCUUGACAGGCCGCUGGCUGUCAGUGCUGGCUCCUCGCCCGUGGAGGAAUACGAUGGAGACACCGAGUUCCCCUUCGGCAGCACCUCGACAACAAGAGACAGAGACAGGGACAGAAACCACUGGGAGGCAAGAGUGACGAACUUCCCGUCCAUUCUUGACGACGCAAGGCUCAAUAUGCCCGUCCGUCUACGCCGUGUCCAUCUCUGCCCGACCACACACGCCCUCCUCGGAACCGUGGCGGUGGCGAACCUCGCAUACUCGAAACAUGUUACCGCCCGCUUCACGCUGGAUAACUGGAAGACCGUCUCGGAAGUCACCGGUGAGUUUGUACCAUACAACAAAACCGAUGUCGACCGUGAGGAACGAGUAGGAUUCGAUACCUUUUCGUUCUCCAUCGAGUUAGCAGACCAGCUGAGACACGGGAUGGAGAAUAAGACUCUCUUCCUGUGCUUGCGGUAUAACGUCGGCGGAAACGAGUUCUGGGAUAAUAACGACGAUAUGAACUACCAGAUCGUCUUUGGUACACAGGCCAUGACACCUGCCGCGGCCGGAGGAUGUGCCAGAGAUCCGCUUUACCGGCUGCGUAUGGCGCGGGCUGGAAAGGGGCCGGGAUCCAAGUCUCGACCUCGACCGCUGUCCAUGGUUGCCAUGAGCACGAGCACGAGCACGAACUCGGGAAUGGGAAUGAGCAUGACUGUGAAAGAGACGCAGUUCGAAAUCAAGUCUGAGCACCACGAAGUCGUUGAUGUUGACGUCGACUCUGAGAAGGAAAGCUGGUUCCCGGACCCGGACUCCCCGACGAGACGAAACAAGAUACGCACCAACGUGUUUGGCGACCGAUAUGAUUUUUCGACUUCCUUGUCCAGCACCCGAAUGCAGGCUUUGGACAACAUCCCUCAUAGCCAGCAGGCCCAGGUUGAGAGUCAGGUCCAAGCCCGUAUCCAGAGUGAAGGGAACAGCGACUCGGACGACUCGACCAGGGGCGUGAAUGCGAAGAGACUAUCGGAUUUUCUGUCCGAUAGACCCAACCACCAGUCCCAGGUCUACAAGGAGUUGGUGGAUAGGUAUUGUUUCUUCGGUUCAACGAAGGGAAAUACCCAGCAGAAAGGCAACUCGCGUGUCUCUUCCAACGACGGCACAGAGCUUGAGCUAGAACUCGAUGCAGAGGGAGAUAUCGACACAUCAUCAUCUUCAUCACCAGACCAGUCAUCCACACCCACAAUGCAGUCCAUGCAUAUGCAUCUACCCCGACGCUUAUCUCCUCCCCCACAGAACACAUCUACAUCUACCUCUGCCUCCACAUCCGACACGGAGGGUGUGACCACCCCAUCGCCAUCGACGGGGAUUCUUCCCUUCCCGUUCCCGCGAGAGAGAGGGAUGCCCGCCUCUCCUGCCCCAACAGCGAUAUUGGGAUGA